GUAGAAGACGACGGCCCCAAAUUCCCGCCAAAUUACGGCGAUGAAACACUUGCCGGGAAUUUGCACUAAAUUCCCGCCAUAUUACAUGCUGCGGUUGAUGCGUAAAGCUCUUAGGCUAACUUUCCCUUUCUCUUGAGAGACCAUUUGUGUGGACCUUCUCAGUCUCAUAUCUGUUGUUCUUUAGGCCUUUUCGCUUAACCACACUCCCCUACUGGCUGCUGCCAUUCUCUCGGAGCCACGGAAGCAAAACCACGGAAAUGGCACCGGCGCGUAAACCAAGCAAUGGCAGAUCACCGCUGGUCAAUCCACAGCGCCAAAUCACUUCUUUUUUCUCUAAAGCAACCUCUCCUUCUCCACUUCCCGCCUCUACUCUCUCCAAAGAACAAACCCCCAAAUAUAACCCUAACCCUAAACCUCCGAGCCCUAGCCCUUCUACUCCUUCUCCUCUACAAACCAAAAUAAAAAAACCACGCCUAGUCAUUGGUCAAACGCCCUCCCCAUCUCCAUCGCCGUCUCUGUCAACACCUGCAACCACCACUAAGUCGUACGACAAAGAGGUGGUGGAUAAGAGAAUUAGGGUUUACUGGCCGUUGGAUAAGAGAUGGUACGAGGGUUGCGUUAAAGUUUAUGAUAAGGAUUCUGGUAAGCAUUUGGUUCAGUAUGAUGAUUUCGAAGAGGAGAUGUUGGAUUUGGGAAUGGAAAAAAUUGAGUGGGUUGAGGAAACUGUGAAGAAAUUUAAGCGCUUACGAAGGGGUUCUUUGGCUUUCAAGAAGACAGUGAUUGACGAUGAAAAUGAAGAGAUGAAAGAUGUCUGUAAUGUUGAAGAAGAAAAUGAUGGUGAUGAUUCUAGUGAUGAAGAUUGGGGAAAGAAUCCAGAGAUGGACCUCAGUGAUGAGGAUGAUAUGGAGUUGGAGGAUGAGGAAGAAGAGGAUAAUAUCAAGGUUGACAAGAAAGAAAAGCAGAGUGGGAAGAGUGAAUCAAGGAAAAGGAAGGCCUGCGGAGCUGGAAAGCUGGGUUGCGGGAAGAAGAGCGAGGUUGUUGGGGAUGCGAGUAAAGAAGAAUUGAAAGUUUCAAUUAUGGAGCAAGUGAAGACUGAAGGAACUGGGUUGUCUAAUGGCCUUGGUGAUGCUUUGACAAGUGAUGCUUCUGAAAGGUUCAGCGCACGUGAAACUGAGAAAUUGUGGUUUCUUGGAGCAGAGCGGACGGAUGCAAAAAGGAGGCGCCCUGGAGAUGCAAAUUAUGAUCCAAGGACUUUGUACCUGCCUCCAAAUUUUGUAAAGAGUUUAUCAGGUGGUCAGAGGCAAUGGUGGGAGUUCAAAUCAAAGCAUAUGGAUAAAGUUUUGUUUUUCAAGAUGGGCAAGUUUUAUGAGCUUUUUGAAAUGGAUGCCCACAUAGGAGCUAAGGAAUUAGAUUUGCAAUAUAUGAAGGGAGAACAACCACAUUGUGGUUUUCCAGAGAGGAACUUCUCAAUGAACGUGGAGAAAAUGGCAAGAAAGGGUUAUCGAGUUCUUGUUAUAGAGCAGACGGAAACACCUGAACAACUGGAACUUCGUCGCAAAGAGAAAGGUUCUAAAGACAAGGUUGUGAAACGUGAAAUAUGUGCAGUGGUUACAAAAGGAACACUAACUGAGGGAGAAUUACUUACAGCAAAUCCUGAUGCUUCUUAUCUAAUGGGAGUGACUGAAAGCCGUCAGAAUUUGGAAAACAAAAAUUUUGAGCGGGUUUUUGGUAUCUGUGUGGUUGAUGUUGCUACCAGCAGAAUCCUUCUUGGGCAGUUUGAGGAUGAUGCAGAAUGCAGCUUAUUGUGUUGUCUGUUAUCUGAGCUGAGGCCAGUAGAAAUUAUAAAACCUGCAAAAAUGCUCAGCUCUGAAACUGAGAGAGUAAUGUUAAGGCAUACGAGAAAUCCUUUAGUAAAUGAGUUGGUUCCCAUCUCAGAAUUCUGGGAUUCUGAGAAAACUGUUUGUGAAGUCAAGGCCAUCUACAAGCGUAUCACUGGUCAAUCAGCUCCUGGAUUUUUGAAUAAAGCGGAUACAGAUACAGCAGAACUUCAUGUUGCAGAAGAUGGGUCAAGCUGCCUGCCAGAUAUUUUGUCCGAGCUAGUAAAUAAAGGAGAAAAUGGCAGCCUAGCACUUUCAGCUCUUGGAGGAACUCUCUAUUAUCUAAAACAGGCUUUUCUGGAUGAGACUUUGCUUAGAUUUGCAAAGUUUGAAUCACUUCCAUGCUCUGAUUUCUGCAAUGUUGCUCAAAAACCAUAUAUGAUUCUUGAUGCUGCUGCAAUGGAGAAUCUUGAGAUCUUUGAGAAUAACAGAAAUGGAGGCUCUUCAGGGACACUUUAUGCACAAAUGAAUCAUUGUGUGACAGCAUUUGGGAAGAGGUUGCUGAAAACAUGGCUAGCAAGACCUCUAUAUCAUUUGAAAUCUAUUAAGGAUCGCCAGGAUGCUGUAGCAGGUCUACGGGGGGCAAAUCAACCUAUGGCACUGGAAUUUCGAAAAGCAUUGUCCAGGCUUCCUGACAUGGAGCGAUUACUUGCACGCAUAUGUGCUAGCAGUGAAGCUAAUGGAAGAAAUUCAAAUAAGGUAAUUUUAUAUGAGGAUGCAGCAAAGAAGCAGCUCCAGGAGUUCAUAACUGCUCUACGUGGCUGUGAAUUAAUGGCCCAAGCAUGUUCCUCACUUUGUGUCAUUUUGGAAAGUGUUGAGUCUAGGCAACUACAUCAUUUGUUAACACCUGGUGAAGGUCUUCCUGAUAUCCAUUCAAUUCUUAAACAUUUUAAGGAUGCCUUUGAUUGGGUGGAGGCCAACAAUUCUGGACGUAUAAUACCUCAUGAUGGAGUAGAUCUGGAGUAUGACUCUGCUUGUAAAAAAGUUAGGGAAAUUGAGUCGAGUUUGACAAAACACCUUAAGGAACAGCGGAAGUUACUUGGAGACACAUCAAUCAGUUACGUCACAGUUGGAAAAGAGGCAUAUCUAUUAGAAGUUCCAGAACAUUUGCGAGGGAGUAUUCCUCGAGAUUAUGAGUUGCGUUCAUCCAAAAAGGGAUUUUACAGGUAUUGGACUCCAAGCAUUAAGAAGCUCUUAGGAGAGCUCUCACAGUCUGAAUCUGAAAAGGAGUCAACAUUGAAGAGCAUUUUGCAGAGAUUGAUAGGGCGUUUCUGUGAACAUCAUGAUAAGUGGAGACAACUGGUUUCAACAACAGCAGAACUGGAUGUUUUGAUUAGUUUGGCAAUUGCAAGUGACUUUUAUGAAGGGCCAGCAUGCCGUCCAGUCAUCAUGGGUUCAUCGUCAAGUGAAGUGCCACAGAUAUCUGCAAAAAGUUUGGGUCACCCUGUUCUUAGAAGUGAUUCUUUAGGCAAGGGUGCAUUUGUGCCAAAUGACAUCAGUAUUGGUGGUAGUGAUGGUGCCAGCUUUGUCCUUCUGACUGGUCCUAACAUGGGUGGAAAGUCUACUCUUCUCCGGCAAGUUUGUUUAGCUGUGAUUUUGGCCCAGGUAGGGGCUGAUGUCCCUGCUGGGAGCUUUGAAUUGUCACCUGUCGACCGAAUAUUUGUCCGAAUGGGUGCAAAAGAUCAUAUUAUGGCAGGUCAAAGUACAUUCUUGACAGAGCUUUCAGAAACUGCAUUGAUGCUGUCAUCGGCCACUCGUAAUUCAUUGGUGGCACUGGAUGAACUUGGACGUGGCACAUCAACAUCAGAUGGACAAGCAAUAGCGGAAGCAGUACUUGAUCAUUUUGUCCACAAGGUGCAGUGUCGAGGAAUGUUUUCAACUCACUAUCAUCGAUUAGCUGUAGACUAUCAGAAAGAUCCCAAGGUCUCACUCUGCCACAUGGCAUGUCAAGUUGGAACUGGGGUUGGAGAAGUGGAGGAAGUUACAUUUCUAUAUAGGUUGAUGCCUGGUGCAUGCCCUAAAAGCUAUGGUGUCAAUGUAGCAAGACUGGCUGUAAUCUUUUCAGGACUCCCUGAUUCUAUACUAGAAAAAGCUGCUGCAAAAUCCAGAGAAUUUGAGGCUGUAUAUGGCAAACACAGAAAUACUAGUGAUGAGAUGGUAGUCUUCAUCCAAAAUUUGAUUGAUGUUGCUGCAAACUUGAGUUGCCAUAGUUUUGAUAGCAACUUGUUCAAUAAACUUCAGCAUAGAGCCAGGGUACUUCUGCAGCAAAAUUGAAGUGAUUUCAUCCUGUGUUACGAAACCGAGAUAGCAUUGCUCUCAUUUAAAAAAAAAAAAAAAUGCACAGCAUUGCUUUCAAAUUUUGGGAUCAUCUGAUGAUAUGGGGUAAUCGUUGUAGCUAUUGUGUAUGCAAUUAUUAAAAUUGGAUUUGACAAUUACAUCUCGGCGCAUUUAGGAUUUGACAUAGAAAGUUGCUUUGAGUUGGGUUAACCAAUCUUCUUUGUAUAGUAAUCAUCUGCGAGGAAAUAUUGGAGUGUAGUUUUGUCUCAAUCAAGGAGUGAUGAUCCUCCCAUUACAUUAGACAUUGUUGAAAUGUCAAUGGGGUGGGUUCACCCAACAAAAUGAAAGGUUGUUGGCCCCCAUUUUAUGUAAAAAUGUCCUGAUCAUGCAAUUUGACUUGUUUUGAAAGUGAUUACAAAUUAGUUUAGUAUGGUGGUUCAUCUCA